AUGGCGGUGAUGGAGGCAGCAGACAUAGCGGUGGUGGCCCUGUACUUCGUUCUGGUUAUGGGCUUUGGCAUCUUUGCCAUGUGGCGGGCCAACCGCAGCACGGUCAGUGGCUACUUCCUCGCCGGCCGCUCCAUGAACUGGUUCGUCAUCGGCGCCUCGUUGUUUGUCAGCAACAUCGGCAGCGAGCACUUCAUCGGCCUGGCUGGGUCAGGAGCGGCCAGCGGGUUCUCGGUGGGCGCUUGGGAGUUCAACGCCCUCCUGCUCCUGCAGCUCCUCGGCUGGGUCUUCAUCCCCGUCUACAUCCACGCGGGCGUCUACACCAUGCCUGAGUACCUCUCCAAAAGGUUCGGAGGCAAGAGGCUGAAGAUCUACUUUGCUGCUCUCUCUCUGAUCCUCUACAUCUUCACCAAGCUCUCUGUAGACCUGUACUCCGGUGCUCUGUUCAUCCAAGAGUCUCUGGGAUGGAACCUCUACCUGUCCAUCAUCCUGUUGAUCACCAUGACGGCUCUGCUGACCAUCACAGGAGGCCUUGCCGCGGUCAUUUACACAGACACUCUUCAGGCGUUCCUCAUGAUCGGUGGAGCUCUCUGCCUGUCUGUCAUCGGCUUAAACAAGAUUGGGGGCUUGGAGGAACUGAAGGUGAAGUACAUGUUGGCGAAGCCUAACACCGAUGCCAUAAUGUCCAGGAUGAAUAUCACCAAAAAUGACACCUGCGCCCACCAUAUACACCCCAAGCCACAUUCCUUACAGGUCCUGAGGGGACCACUGGAUGAAGACCUCCCGUGGCCUGGCUUCCUCCUGGGUCAGACCCCGGCAUCUCUGUGGUACUGGUGUACCGACCAAGUCAUUGUGCAAAGGGUGCUAGCAGCCAAAAACAUCGCCCAUGCCAAAGGCUCGACACUAAUGGCCGGUUUCCUGAAGAUCCUCCCGAUGUUCAUCAUCGUUAUCCCUGGCAUGAUAUCCCGAGUGCUGUUUGUAGAUGAACUGGCAUGUAUUAAUCCUGACCACUGCAUGGAGGUGUGUGGAAGUCCUGCUGGAUGCUCCAACAUCGCCUACCCGCGGCUAGUGAUGUCCAUCAUGCCAGUAGGCCUCAGGGGCCUGAUGAUGGCCGUGAUGAUUGCUGCCCUGAUGAGCGACCUGGACUCCAUCUUCAACAGUGCCAGCACCAUCUUCACCCUCGACAUCUACAAGAUGAUUCGCCAGCACGCGUCCUCCAGGGAGCUGUUGGUGGUGGGACGACUCUUCGUGGCCUUCAUGGUGGUCAUCAGCAUCGCCUGGGUCCCAGUGAUCAUCGAGAUGCAAGGUGGUCAGAUGUUCCUGUACAUCCAAGAGGUCUGCGACUACCUCAGCCCUCCCAUUGCGGCCCUCUUCCUGCUUGCCGUGCUCUGGAAGAGAUGCAAUGAGACCGGUGCGUUCUGGGGGGGCCUGGUUGGGUUCGCUCUGGGAUUCAGCCGACUGGUCCUGGCGUUUGUCUACAGGGAGGGCCCAUGCAAUGAGCAGGACACUCGGCCGGCCUUCAUCAAAGAUGUCCACUUCAUGUACGUGGCUGCUGGGCUGUUCUGGAUCUCAGGACUCGUGACAGUGGUGGUCAGCCUGUGUACCCCUCCCCCAAGCAAGGACCAAAUCCUAAAGACCACCUUUUGGGGGUUACACAAUAGAGACGAAUGCCAAAUCACAGAUCCUGAAGAAGUACUCAGGCUGAAAGGCAACGCCCAUGUUCACUGCAAUGGUAAUAGUACACCUCACAAGGACUUAUCUGUUAUUAAGAAUGAGACUGAAAAUAUCCCCAAUGGGGAGACUGAUCACACAAAAACGUUGGCAUACACUGGUGAUAAUGAUGAUAUGGCCUCCAACACUAAAAUGAAUGGAAAUGCAUUAGCGAUUGGAAACAGCCACCUUGACCCAGUAGCUCGUUCUGCAACUCGAAAAGUCAGGGGAGGUUUGUGUGGAGGAGGAGAGAGAGGCUUCUGUGUGAGGCUGCUGCAGUGGUUCUGUGGUUUCAACGGGGAUCCAGCAAAGGAUGGGGAAAAAACACAAAUAGAUGACAAGGUCGACAUUGAAGAGAUGCUCAGUGAGCCUCCCAGAAUUAAAUUCUUCCUCAACCUCGGCCUUCUGACAGUGUGCUCCACUGGGAUCUUUCUUUUUGUUUACUUUUCUUUGUAAUUUGCAAAUGACGUGUGCAUGUGCACAUUUUCAUGGAAAUUUUGCAUGCUACUUAUCAUUCAUCGAUUAAGUGCUUUUGACACAACAUUAUUGUCAAUAUUUCAGAACAUACAUUUUUUAGCUAUGUUAAACCAAUGAAGAACCAGAUGAAUCUUCACUCAUGUAUGAUUUUUUUUCUUUGAUGGAAUGACACCUUAAGAGUGAUUUGUGUUUUCCCUGCCCAAUCGAUUGUUAUGCAAUAUAGAGUAACAUACUGCCUUUUGAUGCUAGAACUGAUUAUUUUGUAAGUAGGAUGAUGUAAUACAUACGCAAUAUGUAUAUUGGACGAAUUACUUAAAAAGUAACAUUAUUUAUUUGUUUAUAUUGGGAGUUACAUGUAUAGCCUGUGUUUACUAUGAGCACAAGAUAACGUUACCUAGCCAUAUUAUAUGUGGUCUAAAAUGUGAAGGAAGCAUACUUUUCGGGACUUCAAAAAAGGACUAGCUAUCAGACAUCCUUUCCUGUAAAUUGUAAACAGCUACCCAACCAAAUUCUCUUGAAAUGUAACAUCUGACAUUCUGUUUAUUUGCUAAUCACUGAAGGCACCAUUUGUAGUAAAGUAUGUUGUAAAGAUGCAAAUCUGUUAACGGCAAUGCAAUAAAAAGGUUCUAGUAAACCAA